AUGUCAUCGGGGAGAACGACAAUCGAUGGCUUAUUGCAAUGUCUUUGUCCAACAUCGAGUAGAAUCCCGCGGCAAGGCUUCAAUGAGAUCUCACGGCCAGGUGCGAGAAGUCUGAUAGUAUGUCGAAAACUCCACCCACGCCAGACCCACACACAAAGCUUCCUCACAAGCUCUCGAACUGUUCCGCGUCCAUUACGCCAACCCGGAAACCUUCAAGCUCAGCGGUGCGCUUAUCAGAAACCCUCCUUCGUUGGCCAGCAUGUCCGUGAUCAAGACCGUAUAAGGCACCUAGACAUAACAUCUGCAUAUCAAGAGUUGCGGAGGUCAACCCUGCAAGGUCAUUAUGCCCAUAUUCGAGAUUGUGUGAAGAUAUUGGUGAAAGAACGCGGUCAGAAGCCGAAUUUGCGGUUGUACGAUGCAUUGCUGCUUGCCAACACGGAUCAUCAGUAUGGCUCAGCAGGAGAGGUUGCUAGGAUCCUAGAUGAGAUUGCGGUGGAAGGUCUUACCCCGGAUUCCGCUACAUAUCAUGCUGCUUUGACGGUGGGAUAUUGCACUAGAGGAUUCAGAUAUGCUUUGGCUGACACCAUACAGGCUCUUGCUGUACAUCCAGACUGCCUGUUGAGGCAACGCAUACUCGAAGAACUACGCCAACGAUGGUUUUCCUUGACCAAAAACGGCUGGCACGACGUGGUUACGGGUCUGAUCAGAGAGCGACAGCUAGAGCUUGCGCUUGAUACUCUGGACCAAAUGCAGAAAGAAGGAGCCAAAGUCGACUCUUGGCUUUAUGACCUGAUCAUAUAUACCCUUUGCUCUGCUGAAGAAUUCGACUCGGCAGUCAACCUAAUGCAACACCGCCUCUCGUCAGGCGAAUUCUACAUCUCAGCGACCCUGUGGUACUAUCUGCUCGACACUGCCUCACGCGCCCUACACCAUCGAGGCACCCUCUUUGCUUACAGGGCGAGGGUCGAGAGCUCGUAUCUCAAUCCUUCUGCUGGAAUCUGCAUCAAUAUAAUUUCUACUGCAGCUCGUCAUGGAGACAUUUACCUCGCGACGUCCGCCCUACGUAUCCUAGGUCGCCGAUCAGGCAACCCUAUCCAGCUCCACCACUACGAAGCUUUACUAGAAACAUACAUGACCGCCAAGGACAUUCGCACUUCGUUCACUCUCCUUACCAUCAUGACGGCUGCCGGCCAUCCUCCAACAGCAGCGUCUACUCGGCCCAUAUUCACCCAUCUAUGCCUGUCGCCCAGUCUGGUAGCUACAGCAGUCUCAAUACUCGAAGAACUCCGCGAGCAGGACCGUCAAAUUCCGAUACAGGCUAUCAAUGUGAUAAUGGAAGCGUACAUAGCUCACCAUGACCUCGCCUCUUCUCUUUCAAUCUACAAGGCCUUGCACAACUUUGGAGACUCUCUUACUCCCGAUACUGCAACAUUCAAUCUUCUUUUUCGCGGCUGCUCGCAAGCUGCUCGCAAAGACCUUGCCAUGUUCCUGGCUUCUGAAAUGGUGGCGCUAAAGGUCGUGCCGGACAGACUCACGUACGAUCGGCUCACAUUGGUAUGCCUCAAUAGCGAGAGCAGCAUCGACGAUGCCUGGCGCUAUUUCGAGGAGAUGCGUGGCCUGGGAUGGUGGCCUAGACAUGGUACUGCAGUGUCAUUGGCAAGGAGAGCCUGUGAGAGAGGCGACCAAAGAGUCUGGAGGCUUGUCAGCGAGGAGGGAGGUGAGGGAGUCCCGAAGUGGAAAGUGGAAAGUCUGAUCCAAGAAUAUUGGAAGGAUGGCUCUGAAGAGCCCGAAAUGGAGAUAAAUCCGGAAAGGCGUGAGGGGGAGUAG